UCAUCAGCUGGUUACUAUUGAAAUACUGCAUUGAAAUAAAUCACUUGUUCUGUGACAAUCGAUGGGUAGCGCUGCAGUAAAUCUUCUAGGACUGUUGAUGGGCUUGCAAUGUCUGAUAGAGUUGCAUGCAGUCUUUAUAAGGUUCAACAAUGUGACCUGCGAGAGCACCGACCUCAGCAUGUGGACCGUGGAAUACUGUAAGUUGACCAAUCUGAGCAAGGAUAAAAACAGAAUUAGCCUUCGGUACACUAUGCUCCAGCCGAUGUUGAGAAAUAUAGAGAUUUACUUACAGCUAAUGACAAGGCGCAGUGAGAGUAUUAACGUGGCUUCUAACUGGCAGCCCUUCCUCUAUUCAGUGAAGCUUGAUUAUUGCAGAUACUUGAAAAACCACCACCACAACUAUUUGGCCAAGAUGGUGUUUGAAUUCAUCGAAGGCCACUCGAACCUGAACCACAGUUGCCCCUACACGAAAGAAAAAUACAUUUGCAUUGAUGACGUUACAAACACCGAAGUCUCUCGCAAGAUCCGCGGAGUGCCCAUGCCAAAGGGUUUCUACGCCUUGUUCACCAAGUGGUCCACUGAAAACAUAACUCGAACUGUGACCAACUAUUACUUUGAAGUCGUGAAUCCUUAAAUGUAAAUGUUGUGUAAUUAAAUGUGUGAACACGGAAAAAAUGCUUAGCAACCA